UCUCGUCAGACUCCAGAGGGGGAGUUUCUACCUCUGGACCAGUGUGAGCUAGACGUAGGAUUCGGGACGGGGGCAGACCAGCUCUUCCUGGUGUCCCCUCUGACUAUCUGCCACGAGAUCAAUUCCAAGAGCCCCUUCUUCGACCUGUCCCAGCGCUCGCUCAUGAACGAGGAGUUUGAGAUCGUGGUCAUCCUGGAGGGCAUUGUGGAAACCACUGGUAUGACGUGUCAGGCACGGACCUCCUACACGGAGGACGAGGUGUUGUGGGGCCACCGCUUCCUGCCCGUCAUGUCCCUGGAGGAGGGCUUCUUCCGGGUCGACUACUCCCAAUUCCACAACACCUUCGAGGUCAACACUCCCCCUUACAGCAUCAAGGAGCACGAGGAGAAGAACUCCCUGACUUCCCCCAACCCUCCACCAGGCGUCCCCACCUCCCCUCCCCUGGGGAAUGGGGGCCAGGGCCGGGGCCGCAGGGAGAGGAUGCUGUCAGUGGACUUUGCCGACCAUGGAGAGGCUACCCAGGAACAAGCGAUGGGGAGGCUGCCCAGCAAGUUACAGCGUAUGAGCUCUUACAAGGAGGACCUGACUCAUUCAGAGCGGAGACUUCCCCCUGCCCUGAGCCCCAUGCUGGCCCCAAACCCAACCAUUGUCCAGAUCCCUUUGCCUGAGGGUGGGGGGCGGCAGGAGGAUAACCUGCCUGCCAAACUGCGCCGAAUGAACACUGACCGUUGACAUUGACCGUGGACAAUUGACCGUUAAAUGACUAUUAAUCGGCGGAAACAAACAGACUCCCCAAAAAACUCUAAAUAGAUAUAGGAAGCAAUGCUUAAUGGAUAACGCAGUUUUCAACAGGAAAUUUGACUACUGUGAUGACUUUUAACUGGUUGAGUCAACAUUGAUUCAAUGUAAUUUGUCAACGUAUUGUGACGUGGAAUCUACGCGGAAAAUACAUUUUGUUUUGAGGGGAAAU